GACACUGCUUCCGCUAGUGCCAACUUGUAAAAUGGCUGCUUCCGUGCCGGUUGUGGAGUACUUUGUCAGAGAAAUACCAAGAAGACAAGGUCCUCCUCUAAGCCUAAAACAGUGCAGCACUGGUGAUGUGGGCUGUGUGGUGUGGGACGCGGCCAUAGUUCUGUCCAAGUACCUAGAAACGGAUCGUAUGCGGCCGACGUGGCCAGGCAGGACGGUGCUUGAGCUGGGUUCGGGUACCGCAGUAGUCGGACUGAUGGCCGCCACGCUGGGUGCAUUUGUGACCGUGACUGAUCUGGACGAACUGCAGGAUUUGCUUCAGCUUAACAUAAUGGAGAAUCAGCACCUUGUCACUGGGACCAUCAAAGCAAAGGUACUAAAAUGGGGUGAAGAUGUGAGUGAAUUCUUGCCUCCUCCUGAUUACGUUUUGAUGGCUGAUUGCAUUUACUAUGAAAAGUCACUACAGCCUCUUAUCAAGACACUGAACGAACUCUCUGGAGAUAAUACCCACAUCUUCUGCUGCUAUGAGCAAAGGACAAUGGGCAACAACCCUGUUGUAGAAAAGAAAUUCUUUGAGCUCCUGCAAAAAGAGUUUGAAAUUGAGGAGAUUCCACUACAAGAGCAGGAUGAGGAGUAUCAAAGUGAGGAUAUUCAUAUUCUACGUUUUCAAAAAAAAUACAAGCAGCAACAAUGCAGCCAUGAGUGAGUAGGUGGACGUGUUGUACUAUGAAUCUCAAGACAGAUGGAGAAGACGGACCACACUGACACUGAGGAACUACUUUGGAAAAGUACAGUACUUGCCACUUAUCUGAUUUGGUACGCAGAUGUGAGAAUUAAUAUGCCUAGAAAGUAAGACGUUGGGCUUUGAGAGACUCGCACGUGCUUAAUGCUUACAGGCUGAACAGUUGCUUUUGUGCUGUUUGGUUUGACGCUUUGUGCGAUUUUAUUAAAACCAGGAACACUCAGAUGUAUUAUGCAACAUGGCCUUCAGAUUUCUGCAACUAUGUUCUAGCUUUGCUCCUUCCCUCACUCACGUCUCCAGAGUUUAAUGUUUAAGUCCCAGCCUGGAACUGUCAUUGAAGUGUGUUUUUUUUUUUUAUGUACUCCCCUUAUUCCAAAGACCCGUGUGUCACAGGUGGUGGCAACUUUAAACUGAUCCUGUGUCCGAUAGUGUGGAAGGACGCAUCGAGUCCCCCCUCCGAUGUAUAGGCACCUAGCUGAGGGUUGGCUGCUGUCUUGCACCCAGUGCUUCUGAGGCCCACAGUUGGACAUACCAAGCACAGCAAAUAGAUGAAUGAUUUCUCCUGCUGUGGGCUACCUGGUCAUUGAGGUUAGAUCAGAAUUGGACCACCAGAAAAGCAGGCAGUUGUUUUGUUCCAUUUCACUUUGUAAUCAGUGCAUGCCUUAGUCAAGGAGUGGAGUCUUGGUUACUUAACUGCUAGUAAGGGUUAGAUGUUUUAUAAUCUACAACACUUGAGUCCAGCUACAAGACAAAACGUCAGUCUUCAUCACAUAAUAUCUAAGCCUAUGUCUGUUAGAAUGGUUUGACAGGACAUAACCUCAGGAACUGCAUAGUUUCCACUUAUCCAUUCCGGCCUUACCUUUGAAAUAACAAGUUCAGCCCUGGUGAGAUGCAGUGGCUUGAGUUUUCAUUGCAGAUAGACGUCUUGGCUGUCAAAAGUAAAUCAAAGUAAAUCGCUUCUGUGUAAAAUAGUGUUGUUGGUGAUGGACCCUAUGAAAAGAACUGCAGAUCGAACACUUUUGUUGGUUAAGAUUGAAGCGAAAGACACAUACUAUGUACUUUGACUCACUAAGGUAAAGAUACUUUAUCUUAGAAAAAGGGAAGGCACUAUUAACAGUCAAUUAAAAAGUGCAGACUAGCAUUGCAAGUGUUUUCUAAAUGAUUAGGAGCAGCAGUGAUGGAGUGCUGUAACUUAUGAUGUGUGAGAUUGUGAGAGAGAGUGACGGAAAUUCAUAUUCAUUCAAUCAGUUAUGAAUUUAUGUAUUACACAACCCAAAUUGUGAGUAUGCACUUGUUAAAAAUUCAAUUGUACACCAGCUCUCAAAAAGUAGGCUCUGUUGAAGCACAUUCUGCUGGAGUCCGCGACGUUCUCUUUUAAUCUGUCAGAAGAUGGCACUGCAGUUUGUUUUUUGUUUUCACCUGUUUGUCAAAUAUGAAUUUGAAACUAAACAUGGUCUUCUGUACUUCUUGUCUUUGCAUAUGUAUGUCAUUUCUCAAAAUAAAGUGUUUUGCUGCUA